AUGUCUACCCACAAAAGAUCUCUCCUCAAGGCCGAGCCCUACUACAACUCGGAGCUCGGUUCCCUCCGCGCAGUGACAGCAGACCAGCUGCCGGUACUCAAGAACCUGUCCAUCAACCGAUUGACUCUCACGUCCUCCGCCAUUCGCGAGCCGCAUUGGCUCACCAAUGCCAACGAAUUAGCCUACUGCCUUCGCGGGAGCGUCCUAGUCAACAUUCUCGACACCGGAGAUGUGUUUGCGACCUUUGUCGUGGAAGCCGGCCAAAUGUUCCACAUCGAGUCCGGCUCCCUACACCAUAUCGAGAAUAUCAGCAACGAUGAAGCUGAGAUCAUCAUAUGCUUUCGACAUGAGCAGCCCACGGACUUCGCCUUGUCCGCAUCGAUGGGCGCCAUGACGGACGCCGUGCUGGGCAACAUAUAUGACCACCACGCCGCCAAUUGGGCCCAAAUCAGCCGGACCACGCAGCCGAAGUAUAUCAUUCCACUCAAGGGACCGCCCGCGAUUCCAUCGACCGCGUUCUACCCCGAUCCCCACAAAUUCGACAUCGAAGGGACGAUUCCCCCCGUGGUAUCGGAUGUCGGAUCAAACCGUACCGCUCGCAACCAGUUCUGGUCCGCCCUAACCAAUAUGUCGAUGUACUCCCUCCGCGUCGAAGACACGGGGAUGCGCGAAGCACACUGGCACCCGCAAACCUCGGAAUUGGGCUACGUGGCCGCGGGCUCGGCGCGAAUGACGAUCAUGGACCCGGACGGAUCGACGGACACGUACCUGUUGCAGCAAGGCGAUAUGUACUACGUACCAACCGCAUCUCCGCAUCAGAUUGAGGUGCUGGGGUCUGACCGGAUACACUUUUUGAUCUUUUUCGAUCAGCCGAAUCCGAAGGAUGUCGGGUACCGAACGUCGGCUAUGGCGAUGUCGCGAGGGACCAUGGCGUCGACGUUACGAGUUGAGGAGAAGGAUUUGCCCUGGUUUCCGUUUACUGUUAAGGAUCCGAUGAUUGUGAUGAAGAGAAAUCCGGUUGAUGAGAUUUGGACGGUUCGGAAUGUGAUGCAUUGUCGAAUCUACCCUACCAUCCAGACGUAUCUUGACCACUAUAUCAGCCCGAAAACCCAGCAAUACUACUCGCAUUACACAAACUUCACUGGGCGUGGAUUUCCCGAUGUGGCUGCCCAUAGCUUUUACCCCUACAUCGAAGUCGUCAAGGGCGGCGAAAAGGCCCUUUCGGGAGGCACCUCCGCCGCGGCGCCUAUCUUCGCCGGUAUCAUCUCUCUGCUGAAUGAUGCCCGCCUACGCGCCGGCAAGCCAGUUCUUGGAUUCCUUAGCCCCUUUUUCUACUCGCAGGGAUAUAAGGCGCUGAAUGAUAAGGUCGCCGCCGGCUCCUAUGGGUGCGAUGGUUCUGUUGACGGCGGCCUGGUCAUUCCGUAUGCCCACUGGAACGCUACCCGUGGCUGGGACCCCGUUACUGGACUGGGUACGCCCGAUUUCCAGAAAUUGAAGGCUAUGGUCAUGUCGAUCUAG